AUGCGAAAGAAGGGAGACCUUGAUCAACAAAUAUUGGAUCUGACGACAGCAAUAAUUCUGUUUAACCCUGAUAUCAAUGGUCUAAUAGACCGAGAGGCUAUCAGGAUGGAGCAACACAAUUACAUGCAUUUACUGAAACGUUAUCUACAAAUCAAGUUCAGCUCUAUAUGCGAGUCAAACGGAAAUUUACUCUUUUUGGGCUAUAUUGACAAAAGGAUACGACAAACACAUGCUGGCAGACCUCGCAAUCAGAUCCCUGACCUCGUACAAGAGAUUCUGGACCUGGCUAAUAAUUGCCAUUAUAAUAGCACUACGUGUAUAAUAUGUGGCGAUAAGGCAACGGGCUAUAAUUUCAAUGCACUCACGUGCGAGUCAUGUAAAGCAUUUUUCAGGAGAAAUGGGCUCAAGGGCAUCAAAAGUUGUAACUUUGAUGACAAUUGUGUAAUCAAUUUGAAAACCCGAAGGAUAUGUGGUUAUUGUCGACUUAAGAAGUGUUUUGAUUGUGGUAUGAAAAAGGACUGGAUCUGGAAUGAAGAGGCGAAGGAAUGCCGGCGAAUGAAGAUUCAAAUGAAUAGAUUUAGACGUCUAUUAGUGCAACAAAAACAGCUCAAUGAGAGCGUGUCGUCGACCACCCUUUCCCACGAUUCUUCACCCGAGCCUAUGACCAGCCUAUUGGACAUUAGGCAUCCCGUCCCUCAAUCCACGAACAUAUCAUUCAUACUAACAGUGAUGGCAAACAACAACAACAAUCAUAAUGUUUUAACCGAUGGGCUAACAAAUUCAGACACAAAUAUGUUUCCCAUUUGUGACACAAUAUACCAAAAGGCGGUUCAAAUGGAAAUGGCUGUCCUUCCCAUCGCCAGACCUACUCUCGACUCUGACCAUACAUUUAGCGAAUUAGAAGGCAAUCGAUUCACGGAAUUACUAUUUGCCACAAAAUGCAUGAAAAAUGAAUUGAAAACUAUAUACACAUCGGAGGUGUUCUCAGUCGACGACUAUUUCGUGACAUUAGACCAGAAGUGCGAACAAGAACUUUAUGACCUUGAUCAACAAAUAUUGGAUCUGAUGACAGCAAUAAUUCUGUUUAACCCUGAUAUCAAUGGUCUAAUAGACCGAGAGGCUAUCAGUAAUUAA